CCGAGGUCAUCUAACCCAGACGCGUCUUUAGAGAGCAGACGCGACGCGGGCCUGCGGGAGCGGACAAGCCAACCAGCGCCCAUACCUCGGGACAAAUGACUCCCCUGUGCCCUCGCCCCGCGCUCCGCCACCAUUUCUUUACGUCCCUGUUCCGCCCAGCGUUUAAAGACGCGUGCAGCGCCGGGCGGAGAGCUGAAGCCGCGGGGCCUCUCUUCCGGCCGCUGUCCAGCACUCGUAGCCUGAGCCGGGGCUGCCGCGCGACACCCGCCAUCUCCCCCAGCAAGCGGCCCCGGCCUGCGGAGGGCAGCAUGCGGCUCCGCUUUGUCCGGCUCUCGGAGCACGCCACCGCCCCCACCAAGGGGUCGGCUCGGGCUGCGGGCUACGACCUGUACAGUGCCUAUGAUUAUACACUGCCACCUAUGGAGAAAGCCCUGGUGAAAACGGACAUUCAGGUAGCUCUUCCUUCUGGGUGCUACGGAAGAGUAGCUCCCCGUUCUGGCUUGGCUGCAAAACACUUCAUUGACGUAGGAGCUGGCGUCAUAGAUGAAGAUUAUAGAGGAAAUGUGGGUGUCGUACUCUUUAAUUUUGGCAAAGAAAAGUUUGAAGUCAAAAAGGGUGAUCGGAUUGCACAGCUCAUUUGUGAACGGAUUUUUUAUCCAGAAAUAGAGGAAGUUCAGGUUUUAGAUGACACUGAGAGGGCUUCAGGUGGUUUUGGUUCCACUGGGAAGAACUAACAUUUGUGCCAAGAAUAGAAAAUGAGAAAACAUACUUUUUCUUAAAGAGUUUUUGCUUGUGGUGUUUUGCACAUGUGUAAACAUAAUAGGUUUAGCUUCUAAAACUGUUGGGUUCUCAUAGGAUUAAGGAAAAGAUACCUCUGUUGGGUUCCCAUAAAACCUCAAUUCCUUAUGCUUUUACACAUCUGAUUAUUGUAUAAAUCUGUGUGGUGACCUAAUACAAACUCUAUUUUUUAAUCAAAUGUAUAUCAAUUACAGAUCCAGAAAACCCUGUAUUAUUUAAUUCACUAAAUGCUUCCUCUUCAACUUAUUUAAUUGCUUUGUAAAUCAUAAGCAGUGCCUUUCAUUCAAUAAAUUUGAAUUCUUUUACAGAUACAAAUUAUUGUAUAAAGUGAACUAAAAAGAUAAUAAAAAGAAGUUGAAGUUA